AUGGUGUCUGCAUCUUCUCUCCUGGAAGAGGACCUCUCCUGUCCUGUGUGCUCUGAAAUCUUCAGGGAUCCUGUUGUCCUGAGAUGCAGUCACAGCUUCUGUAAGGCCUGUCUGCUGCAUUGGUGGAGAGAGAAGGGAUCUCAGGAGUGCCCAGUUUGCAGGAGAAGAUCUUCUAACGAUCAACCUACCUGUAACCUGUCUCUGAGGAAUGCCUGUGAGUCGUUCUUAAAGGAGAGAAGUCAGAGAGCUGAAGCAGGAUCUGAAGUGCUCUGCAGUCUGCACAGUGAGAAACUCAAACUCUUCUGUUUGGAGGAUCAAAUACCUGUCUGUAAUAUCUGUCAAACUUCAAAAAAACAUGAAAACCACAAAUUUCGACCAGUUCAGGAGGCUGCAGAAGAAAAUAAGGAGAAACUCAGGACUGCACUGGCUCCACUGCAGAAGAAGCUAAAAGCCUUUAAUGCAGUGAAACUAAUCUGUGAUCAAACAGCAAAGCACAUCAAGAGUCAGGCCCAGCACACAGAGAGACAGAUAAAGAGGGAGUUUGAGAAACUUCAGCAGUUCCUAAAAGAUGAAGAGGCAGCCAGGAUCACUGCACUGAGGGAGGAAGAGGAGCAGAAGAGUCAGAAGAUGAAGGAGAAGAUUGAAAAGAUGACAGAAGAGAUAUCAUCCCUUUCAGAACAGAUCAGAGCCAUA